GGUGGUGGCGGCGGUGAGGUGGUUGGUGUGCCACCGCGAGGUGAGACGAGGAUCGCCGUCCAAGGCGCUCGCACGGAGCGGUGAACUCUCAUGGUGAACGAUGGGCAUGGACCCGCGACCUCGGCCGUCGUCGUCGGGUCGCGGUCCGUGCGCAAGAGCAGCAACAGCAACGGCGCGAGCCUGCGUUCGGUCACCGUCCGCGAAUGGGUCGCUGUCUUCGUCCUCUGUUUCGUCAACCUCAUCAAUUACAUGGACAGGUUCACCAUUGCCGGAGUACUAACAGAAAUACAAAAUGAUUUUCAUAUCGACAAUGGUCAGUCUGGAUUGCUUCAAACGGCAUUUAUUAUAAGUUACAUGAUAUUUGCACCGUUAUUUGGAUAUUUAGGAGAUCGUUAUAACAGAAAAAUAAUUAUGAGCGCAGGAGUGUUUUUAUGGUGUUUGACUACAUUUAUUGGAUCGUAUAUGAAAUCGUAUGGUUGGUUCCUAUUCUUCCGAACAUUAGUGGGUAUCGGAGAAGCUAGUUAUUCUACAAUUGCUCCCACAAUAAUUAGCGAUUUGUUUAUUAAAGAUGUGCGCUCAAAAAUGCUGGCACUAUUUUAUUUUGCAAUACCAGUUGGCAGCGGUUUAGGAUAUAUAACAGGAGGUGAAAUGGCAACGGCUACUGGUUCUUGGCAGUGGGGAUUAAGGAUAACACCAUCAUUGGGAAUUUUAGCAAUUAUUCUUAUUUUAUCAUUAGUGCGAGAUCCCGUCCGAGGAGAAAAAGAAGGCGGAUCCCAUGUGGCUACUACCGCCUGGUCUGAUGACAUUAAAGCUUUAUUAAAAAAUCAGAGUUUCAUGCUAAGUACAGUAGGGUUUACGUGCGUGUCCUUUGUUAGUGGUGCGCUUGCAUUUUGGGGACCGAAAUUUAUUCAAUAUGGAUUUAUUUUGCAAAAUACUGGACAAGCUAUUAGCAUAGCCGAAGUGGCUUAUAAAUUUGGUGUCAUAGCAAUGAUUGCUGGCUUAAUCGGAGUGCCUUUAGGUUCUAUGAUAGCACAAAAAUUAAGAGUUCGAUGGCACCAAGCCGACCCAUUAAUUUGUGCUGUUGGCCUUCUGAUAAGUGCCCCAUUAAUAUUCUUUGGAUCAAUAUUUGCUAGUUCAAAUGCUACAGCUUGUUAUAUUUUAAUAUUCUUUGGUCAAUUAGCCAUUAACCUAAAUUGGUCAAUAGUGGCUGAUAUGUUAUUGUACGUUGUAAUACCAACGAGAAGAUCAACCGCCGAGGCGUUUCAAAUAUUAUUCGCCCACGCCUUUGGUGAUGCAGGCAGUCCAUAUCUUAUAGGCGUAAUUUCAGAUGCUUUAAAAUUCGUAUUGUUGCCAAAUUUGACAAUAGGUUGGAUCGAACCUGAACAAAUGGCACUGCCAUUGACUGACGAUUUAAUUGUAGAUUUUCGAAGUUUACAAUACGCUCUAUUUCUUACGAUUUUUGUAGAAGUAUUAGGUAGUUUAUUUUUCUUCCUUACUGCCUUGUAUAUCGAAAAGGAUAAGGCAUUAGUAGAUCUCACCAUCUCAGAUGCUCUGGACUCCGAGGCGUCCGGUGAAUACGACGAGGAGCCCGAGGGUGAAUCUAUCAAUGCCCUCAUCAAACCCGACUGACUUUAAAAGAAAUAAACGGCGGUAGUGUUGAUAUUGAUUAAGGCCGAUGAUGAUGAUCGAUCGGGACCUUAGUCGUCGUGCGUUCCCUUUCGGACUUAAGCAUAAGAGCGGAUACAUUGAAAAUAUAAACGAGU